AUGAUUUAUUUAAACGUUUUGAUAAAAAAAGAAGAUUUUUUUUUUAAUGAAUUUAAUUAUUUGGAAACAAUUCGUGAUAUAAAUCGUCAAUAUGAUGAAAUUGUUUUAACAAAUUGUAUAAUUGAUGAAAGAAUUUUUUUAGAAAAUAAAUUUCAAUUAAAUGACUUAUGUAAUUCAUUAAAUGAAAAUCGAUAUUCAAUAUUUUCUCAAAAUCUAACACCAUUAACAACAAAUCAACAUAUUACAUCGAAUGAUUAUCAAACAAUUUCUUUUAAUCAAUAUUUAACAUCCAUAUAUCAAGCUAAUCAAUUAAUUAAAUUAUUAUAUUCAAUUGUUCAACAACAACAAACUUUUUUAGAUUAA